AUGGUCUGGAAAUUCGGGAAACACUCGAGCUCAAUUGUGACAAGUGGCAAGAACAUAACAUUGGAUAGGUUCUUUCGUUAUGUGAACGUCUUUUACUUUUCCAUUGGCAUGGUAGCCUACAAUAGUGAGGAAACUAAGAACAAUUGGUCUCCAAAAGCGCGUAAAUGGACUCGAAUCCUGUUGAACUGUUACUUCUUCUGUCAAGUACUCAAUCUGAAUUUUGUGCUCUUGUCGGAGCUGAUCUAUGUGGUCCUGGCUUUUGCCAGCGCUAACAACUUUCUGGAAGCCACCAUGAACCUGUGCUUCAUAGGAUACGUUGUGAUUGGCGUUAUUAAGAUUCGACACAUCUGGUAUCAGAGAUCACAAAUAACACAAGUGGUCGCCCAUCUACAACAACUUCAUCCGACAAGCGAACGACAGCAGGCGGAGUACAUGAUGGCUAAGUAUCUACGUCGUUAUAGAUACGUUAGUAUCUUUUAUUUCUCCAUGCAUCUGGUGCUUAUUUGGACCUAUAAUUUGUACUGGGCUGUUUACUAUCUGAUCUAUGAUUUUUGGCUGGGAAUAAGAACAUUUAAGCGCAUGCUACCCUACUAUUGUUGGACACCCUGGGAUUGGGCGAGCAAUUGGACCUACUAUUUAAUGUACAUCUCGCAGAAUUUGGCUGGACAGAGCUGCGUUUCCGGCCAACUGGCGGCCGAUAUGUUUUUGUGUGCUCUGGUCACACUACUGGUCAUGCACUUUAAACGCCUGGGCACACAGAUCGAACAGCAUGUGGCAGGCCAACUGACGCCUGAGCAGGAUAUCGAGUUCCUGCAGAAAUGCAUCAUAUACCAUCAGCGUCUGCUUUUACUCUGCGAGGACAUUAAUCAGAUCUUUGGCAUUCCCCUACUCUGCAACUUUAGCAGCUCCUCGUUUAUCAUUUGCUUCAUGAUCUUUCAAAUAACUAUUGGUGGCAGCAUUGAUAAUUUGGCCAUGCUAGCUUUAUUUCUCUUUUGCUCCAUGGUGCAGAUAUUCAUGAUUGGUUCCUACGCGCAGCGUCUGAUAAAUGCGAGCGAACAAAUCGGUCAAGCAGUUUACAAUCACGAUUGGUUUGGGGGCGAACUGCGCUAUCGCAAGAUGCUUUUGUUGAUCAUCAGGCGCGCCCAAAAGCCCAGUUAUGUGAAGGCUACAAUGUUUCUAAAUGUAUCGCUAAUAACCGUCACGGAUUUGCUGCAACUUUCCUACAAGUUCUUUGCUCUGCUGCGCACCAUGUACGUAAAGUAA